AUGAAGCUGAAGAACAACUUCCUUUUAGAGAAAAGACAGGGUCAGGAAUAGGAUUGUUUACAAAAGGCACCCGGGCUCCAGUUUCAUGCGGAUCGUUGUAAAGAAGUGCAGCAGAUCCGAGAGCAGCAUCCCAACAAGAUCCCGGUCAUCAUUGAGCGCUAUAAAGGGGAGAAGCAGCUGCCAGUGCUGGACAAGACCAAGUUCCUCGUCCCAGACCACGUCAACAUGAGUGAAUUGGUCAAAAUAAUCCGGCGCCGCUUGCAGCUGAAUCCCACCCAGGCUUUCUUCCUGCUGGUGAACCAGCACAGCAUGGUGAGCGUGUCCACCCCCAUCUCGGAGAUCUACGAGCAGGAGAAGGAUGAGGAUGGCUUCCUCUACAUGGUCUAUGCUUCCCAGGAGACCUUUGGCUACUGAGGCAGCUGAGAGGGGCCAUGUGGAGACAGAUGAACUGUGGUGCACGGGCCCCCGGCCUGGCAAGACAACACAACCAGAGGC